AUGUCUUGCUUUGAUCGUUUUUACGAGUUAUGGCUUCACCAACUAAAAGUGCAUCUUCACCAGCUCGUCUCAGCUCCAAAACCCUCCAAUCCAACAGAAAAUGAAAAGUUCAACAAUCAGACCAAUCAACUCAUCAACCGAGUCAUAACUCACUACGACGACUACUGCAGAGUCAAAACACAUGCCGCAAUACACGAUCCUUUCUCCAUCUUCUCAGCUUCUUGGACUACUUCGUUAGAACGUUCUCUCCAAUGGGUUUCCGGCUGGAGACCCACGACACUUUUCCACCUGGUGUACACCGAGUCAAGCGUCCGGUUCGAAGCUCAGCUGAUGGAUCUGCUCCGUGGAGAAAGAACAGGUGAUUUGGGUGAUCUCUCUCCGAGUCAACUCAGUCGGAUUAGUGACUUGCAGUGCCAGACAGUUCGAGAAGAGAAUGAGGUGAGCACCGAACUCUCACAUUGGCAAGAAAGCGCUGGUGAUCUUGUUUCCUUGUUUUCUGAUGGUGAUGAUGAGCCGAAUAUCGAACGGCUAGCAAUGGUUUUGGAAAAAGCUGAGAAUCUACGGCUGAGAACUAUCAAGACUGUUGUUGAAAUCUUGACUCCACAACAAGCUGUUGACUUUUUGAUCGCUGCUGCGGAGCUGCAGUUCGGGAUUCGUGGGUGGGGUUUAGAUACUGAUCACAGACGUCAAAGGAAAUAA